AUGCCUGGCGUAGUAAUAAGGGAACCUGCUGCUGGCCGAGGUAGGGUUCCAAGAGGUACAGGGGGUCCUCCGCCCCCGACUCAGCCACCACCGCCAAUUCCAUCACCGCCGAAGACCCCUCCACCACCUCCUACUGCUGACAUGGAGGUGGACCAGCAGACUCCUGAUCCAAAGGAGGGGGUUCCUGAAGCGGUUUCCAACAAGGGGAGUGCUGCUGAGCUCCCUGAGGUUGAAGUUGUUGAAGUAGCCGAAGAGGCGGCUACUGAUGAAGACGAGGCCCCUAAGGGCUUCACUGCUGAGAUUCAGCGAGAGGUUGACGCCUUGACAAGUCAACCUCUCGGCGAGGCUGAAGGGGUCCAGGCUGGAGGGGACCGUACUGAAGGAGGGGCAACGACCGAGCCCGAGAAAGCGGACGAAGUUCCAUCAACUUCGUUCCCCUCUUUCAAGUCUUUCCAGUCUGGGGACAUGGGGUUCUCAGCCAAGAAGUGUUCCAUCCCAGAUGGCGUUAGGGCCGAAAUCUGGGGGAGAUACAGGGAAAGUGCUGAGGCUUACGUCGGCGGUUGCUCUGAAUUAUCUGAAAUGGAGCAAGUCCGAGAGUGGUCUGUUCGGGCAACCGCUGGAAUUGCCGAACCCGGUCCUUCAGUACCAGAUCCAGCUAGAGACAACCAGAGGCUGCUGGUGCAGGUUGUCUACAACCAUACCCUGACCUGUGAGAUGACCUUCAGCAUUUCCAGUUUACUCCACUUGCCCAGCUGA